UAUAUGGUGCAUGUAACAAACUUUUUCCUUUUGGUAUAUCAAUUGGGCAUUUGUUGUGUGUAUAUCGUUUUUAUUGGUGAUAAUUUAAAAUCAAUUGUUGAUGAUUUCUAUCACACUGGCCAAAAAGUCCAAGUAUUUAUGUUAAUUAUGUUAUUGCCAAUCAUCUUACUCAAUUGGGUUCGAAAUUUAAAAUUGCUGGCACCAUUUUCAACCGUGGCCAAUGCAAUCACCGUUCUAUCGUUCAUUAUAAUUUGUUACUUUAUAUUCCGUGAACCGGUAACGUUAGAAGAUCGUGCACCGAUUGGUCCAGUGACCGAAUUUCCAUUAUUCUUUGGCGUUGUUCUAUUUUCAAUGGAAGCAAUUGGUGUUAUAAUGCCAUUAGAGAAUGAAAUGAAGACACCAAAAUCAUUUGUCGGUGUUACCGGCGUACUAAAUCGUGCUUUCUUCAUCAUCGUUAUUAUGUACGUUGGAAUGGGUGUUUUCGGUUAUCUUAAAUAUGGGGCCGGUAUCGAAGACUCAAUUACGUUGAAUUUAAGUACAAAUAGCCAGAUGGACAGAAUAUUGGCCAACUUAGUAAAAGGAAUGCUUACCUUUGGAAUUUUCAUAACUCAUGGUGUUGCUUGUUACGUGGCAAUUGAUCUGAUUUGGAAUAAAUACGUUGUUUGCAGAAUCAGCAGUGAUAGAAACGUAUUGGUGUGGGAGUAUGUUGUACGAACUGCAGUCGUUUUAGUCACGUUUUUAUUAGCAGCAUGCAUUCCAAAAUUGGAGUUAUUCAUUUCUUUGUUUGGUGCAUUGUGCUUAUCAACGCUUGGUCUUAUGUUUCCUGCACUUAUAGAAACCUGUGUAUUUUUAAAAGAGACAACUGGUACGGCCAGAACGUUAAUGAUCAUCAAAAAUCUUCUUAUCGGCCUUUUUGGUUUGGCCGGUUUCUUUAUUGGCACUGCAACGAGUCUAAACGACAUUAUAGAAUAUUUAAAAGGGCCAUAAAACUAUUUACAUUUUUCUAUGAAACAUGAAAUAUCGCACAUUUUUUGUAAAAAUUUGAUGCGUCAAAUCGAACUACAGGAAAUUAUUGCUAUUGUUAUAAAAAAAACUUAUCAAGAUAACAAUCAAUUGCAAAUGUAUUGAAGAAAAACAACAACUUAUAAUAAGUUACAAAUUGAUAUAUUGUAUAUAAAUAUUUAAAAUGUAUUGUCUAAUUAUUGUUGUUUAUUAUCAUUGAAUGUUAUCGUCAUUAAAGUGUUAUGAUUUAAAA